AUGACAGAGUCACAGAAUAAGGUUUUUUCCGCCUUUUGUUUGAGUCCUCAUCAACCAGUGUCUGCGUCUUUGGCGUUCACAACUGAAGCCAUGAAGUUGCUGGAGGAAGAGCAGUUACUUCAGUUGAAUAAGAAAGAAAAGGACCCGUUGCAACCGAAGCAACCCAUGGCGGCGUUUUUCAUGUUCAGAAAUGAGCGAAGAGUAGAGAGCAAGAGUGGCUGGGAGAGUCACAGAAUAAGGUUUUUUCCGCGUUUUGUUACUCCGACAUCCUCCGCCGCCUCUUCUGCACCGACAGUAGAAAGGAAGAUCAGAAGGGAAAAAGUUACAGUUAUGAUUUUUGAUCUUCAUCAUUUUGAUCUUCACAGUUUGAGUCCUCAUCAACCAAUGUCUGCGUCUUUGGCGUUCACAAUUGAAGCCAGGAAGUUGUUGGAGGAAAAGCAGUUUCUUCAGUUGAAUAAGAAAGAAAAGGACCCGUCGAAACCGAAGCAACCCAUGUCUCCGUUUUUCAUGUUCAGAAAUGAGCGAAGAGUAGAGAGCAAGAGUGGCUGGGAGGUAGUUGAAAAAUGGAAUAACAUGAUAGAGAAACAAAAGAAGCCUUAUGAAAAGAUUGCAAAACAAAACAUGGAAAAUUGGAGUCCUCAUCAACCAAUGUCAGCGUCUUUGGCGUUCACAAUUGAAGCCAUGAAGUUGUUGGAGGAAGAGCAGUUUCUUCAGUUGAAUAAUUUGAGUCCUCAUCAACCAAUGUCUGCGUCUUUGGCGUUCACAACUGAAGCCAUGAAGUUGUUAGAGGAAGAGCAGUUUCUUCAGUUGAAUAAGAAAGAAAAGGACCCGUUGAAACCGAAGCAACCCAUGUCUGCGUUUUUCAUGUUCAGAAAUGAGCAAAGAGGAGAGAGCAAGAGUGGCUGGGAGGUUUUUUUAAAAAAUGGAAUAACAUGA